GCAAGCAACAAGCAAGCUGGGCGUGCAUGCAUGCAAGCACGCAAACCACGCACAACACACCCACAACAACGCACAACAACAAGAUGGCGCGUGUUUUGGCUCUCCUCCUCCUCCUCGUCGCCUUGCUGCUGGUGUCCUUGCCGAAUGCCACCGUCGCCAAGAGGUCGCUGGACCGGCGUGGCAGCAGCCGCCGCCAUGAUUGGGACGGCAUCCAGGAGGAGAUCAGCGCGUCUCUUGGAACGGCACGCGAUGAGGCUGUGAGGCUUGCUUUGGAACGGCGACACGCCAGCAAGGACAGUGAUGAAGUGCGGCGGGCUCGACGCUCGAUCGUCAACGAUGACACCGACCUCAGGAGCAACAACGGACACGGGGCCACCACCGUUGGUGUUGCUGAAAACGUGGAAGUGGAACAAGGCGAAUCACGCUUCAUGGCCAUUGCCAUGGGGGUGUGGUCGACAAUUGAAGCGAUUCAGCAGGCUCCAAAGGCCUCAAACCCAUGGACGGACGCUGCGGUGGCCAACAUGAAGAUGGCUCAACUCGAUGCGCUUUCUCGGACAAGGCGCGACACAAAUGCCACAUCCUCCUCCGCUAAUACAACAACGACGACGUCACCGCAACCAGCGGCAAUGAGCACGUCUCCAUCAACGACAAGCAUGGUGCUCAAUGGAGCAUCCAAUUCCACGGGAACAUCUAUGUUCCCCAAUGGAAACGGAACGUUCCCAUCAACCACAGCAGCCAUCCCUCCGUUGUCCAACAACACACUUGCUUCAACCACCAGCAUGCUGCUGCCAAAUGGCAGCGUGGCAACGGGAUCAACCACACCCAUGAUCCCAGCAACGACAGCUGCAACAGCUACGUCCACAACGUUUGACUUUUUCAACGGCAGCGCAGCCAUGCCCGAGCAAUGCCCCAAGCAAGUGACCAAGGACAAUAUCGACGAAGCCUUGCAGUGUCUCGUCUCCACGAUCCUGUCCAGGUUCAAUGCAAGUACGGAGCUGCCUGCGUUUGGGGAGGCACCGUGGGCGCAGAUGCCGCGGCAUUACUUCGCGCCCGGGGAUGGUUCAACCGCGUACUUGCAGAUCUUCGGGCCCGACCUGGCAGAAAUGCUGUUUCAGACAUACCUCGACCUGGGCUUCAUCCGAGUUGGCCAGAACAUUGAGGUGUACACCUUCCGCUACCAGGAGCACGUGGUGCUUGGUCUCGGCGUGUUUCCAAACGGCGAGCUCCUCGAGCUCCUUGGCACCGUCCCCUUUGACGCCCUCUUCCGCGUGCAGGCGGUCCUGUUCGAGCCCGUGUGCUUUGGGCCGUAUGACGACUUUGGCUACAGCCACGACAUGGAGGUCGCCGUGCAGAGCGUCAACGUCACCCUGUUCGGGGUGCCCAUCACCAUCGCCUACAGCGUGUACCUGCAUCCUUGCGCCUGCGCAGAUGCGCCAGCCAGCGCCUGCGAGCACCUCACGGGCCCUCUCCGCAACACCCUCUCCAUGAGCGAGGAAACAGUCAUGGACAAGGACGCCAUCAGCCAGUGCACACAGGACUGGGGAGACCUCCUGAAUCAGCUGGUCAAGGUUGCAGCCAUAUUCUUCGGUGUCCUUCUCGUCCUGGAGCUCCUUCUCAACGCUCGCAUCCUCCCGUGGCACACGUCAACUGCCAAGGCAUACACGUUGAUGUUCGGCUUCUUCGACGUCACCUCCGCCCCCAUUGCGCUCCUGCACAACCAGACAUCGGCCUUCCCCUUUGUCUGCGUCGCCUGCGCCACAAGCCUCACGUUGUCCAGCGCCGUCACCAGCGGCAUCGACUACGGCUUCCUCCUCAUCCAGAUCCUCGUGACCUUGCCCUUGUUCCUGUGCAUCACGUCGCGCCAGCGGCUGCUGUGCUACUUCUUCGGCCUCGCGUACACGCUCGUGUUUCUCGUCGCCAGCCUGACCUGGGUCGACUGCCUCUCGGGCCACGAAAACGCCAUCAUCCUUUCCACCCUCAUCCACAUCAUCGGCCUGCUGCUCCUGGCAUGCUGGUUCGCCGUCAACAUCUUCCUCCGCGCCCGCGCCUGGUGGCGCCACUUCAACCACCAUGGGCCCGCCCCUCUGAACCCGGCGCAGCAGGACCUGGCCUUGCUCGAUCGCAGGGACUAUGUCCGCAUGCUGCUUGCAGGGAACAAGCCAACCAAACAAGAGGAGAAGGCCAUCGCCGGACCCAAAGCGAUCGUGCACGCGCUGCUUGGCCGCAACAACUACCGCGUUCCAAACCGCCUGCUGGUGGCCAUCACCAUCAUGAACGCCGUUAUCAUCUCCCUGCUCCCGCCGCUCGUGGUGCAGUUCAAAUACGUGUCCAAGUUCAUCGAGGGCCUCAUGUCUGGCUUCCACUGCUGCGAAGGCGAUGCAUGCACGCGCCUGCCCAACUACGACCGCUACCUGCUCGACGCCUUUGUCGUCGGAUCGCCCUGGCAGUUUGGUGACGGCGCGCACUGCCCGCACGAGCAGACCAUCGUCCGCCUCACCAUUCACAUUGGCCUAUCCGUGUGCACCGUGGUGGCUGCCCUGAUCAUCAUGGCCACGUCUCUGCGCAUGGUGGUCGUGUACCGGCGUCGCAUGCUGCGCAUCUACGCGGGCGACCUCUCCUCCCUCCCCACCAGGCCCCCUGUCGUGUCCAAGCUGCUCGGCUCCACCCUCAAGUUUGUCGGCACGCUGGUCGCCCUCAACGCGGGCGCCUUUGUCAUGCUGGCCGUUGUGCUGUGCACCACGGUGCUGUUCCUCCUCUUCAGCACCAUCCUGCCCAUUGCCGGCGUGUACGACGACUGGUUCUGGUCGUGGAUAUUUCAGGUGCUGAUCUGGAACCAAGGGUCCAACACGCCCGGUGUCCUGGUCUCCCUCGCCAUCAACUACUUUGUCAUCUACGUCAUCAUCGCGCUGCUGUUCGUCACCUCCAAGACACGCCCCAGCAUCAAGCGCCACGGCUUCUUCAAGCUGGUGGAUCUCUUUGAGAUGUACCUGUACUGCUUCAACUCCAUCAUCGGCCUCCUCACCCGCAUCGGCAUGGGGUUCCUCUUCCAGGUCAUCCUCAUCUCGCGCGCAGACCACAUCAUGUUCCCCAAGGGCUGCGAGAGUUACGAUGGCGCGUUCGGCGCAUACACCGCGUUUAUGCUGUUUGACGAGUACUACAGCCACCCGGUCUUUCUCACCGCCAACUGGCUUCUCCUCGCGUCCGCUCGCCCCGACCUCAUACAAGCCAACAACCACCCACCAGCACCCACGCUUGGUGGGAAGCUCAGGUGCCUGCUUGGCCUUCGCCAUGAAGACCGACAACAGCGCCAGCAGCAGACACACUUGCUUGGUGCUGGCAGUGGUGAUAGUGCUCGUGAUGGUGACGACGGUGGUCAUAGUGCUGGUAAAGGUGUUGGUCAUGGUGAUGCGCUUGACCUGGGUGGAAACCUCAACACGCACGACUCGACAACGGCACUGGUGGACGAGGCGGCGGAGGUGGACAUUGAGGCGCUGGAGAAGAAGGAGGCCCCCAGCGGUGAGGCAACAGUGUACGUGCGCACGCGUCGCACGCGCAGGAACAUGUGGCUGUUGCUGGUGACGCUCGCAAACAACCCAUCCCUCAAGAAACUGCGCGGCCACGCCAUCGAAGCGGCCCGGGAGGAGCAGAAGAAGAAAGGGGAAAAGGAGGAAGAGAUGAAGAAGAAGGAGAUGAAGAAGAAGAAGGAGAAGAAGAAGAAGAAGGAGAAGAAGGAGAGGGAGAAGGAGAAUGCGGAGACUCCAAGGAAAAGUGCCGAGGAGAGAGACGAGCGUUACCACCGGUAUGCCAACCCCAUGUUUGAGUAUGAGGAGAGGAUUGAUGUCGAUGAUGAAGCGUGGCGGGGUCUGGGGCGCAGUGGCAAUCGCGAUGAUGACGAUGAUGAUGGUGAUGGCGGCGCUGCUGGCGCGCAAUACCUUCAAUUGGAAGGCUUUGAUGGCAACGAGGACAGCAACAGCAUCUCUGUGUGAAAGAAAGCAUUUGGAUGUAGAAGAGUUGAGGGUGUUUUGUGUGUGUGUGUGUGUGUCUGUGAUUGUUUGUGAGUACAUGCAUGCACGUGGAUGUGAGCAGGUGAGAGGAUGUGAAGGAGAGUGUGCGUAGGAAUGUGCAUGUGUUUAUCUGUGUGCGUUAUGAGAGAUCGAGACCUGAUUUUUUUCUUUUUGAGCCUUUACUGUUACAAUGUUUACUUUGUGUUACGUUGUUGCUUCUUUGCUGAAGAGGUGCGAAGGGUGUACAAGGAAAUGGGAGUAGCAUUGCUGACUGAAUUGCUUGCUUCAUGACACCUACCUUGCUUGCUUGUAGUUGUGUGCUUGUGAGGAGACCUUGAGGACUUUACCAUGUUGUUGUUUGACUUUGAGUAGCUGAGUGUGGCCUUUUAUUACAAACGCAC